CUCACGAACCGUGAGAUCAUGACCUGAGCCGAAGUCUGAUUCUUAACCAACCGAGCCACCGAGCCCCACGUUAAUUCUAUUUUUAACUUCUCCUUCAGAAUGUGAGCAAUUUGAGUGCUGUGUCUAAUACAUAACUUAGUACCAAGAAAUCAUCUUGUCUUUUGAACGUGAUGCCCUUCACAGUUCCUUCUCGUUUGCUCUGUUCGUUACAUUGAUCCAUGGGCAAAAUAAACAUGAUGAUCCCCACUUUACAGGUAAACAGAGGAUUAGGUUGCCUUGCCCACAACCCAUCCUUCACGCCACCCAGCUUCAGAAGCCUCUUACAUCCGGCGCUUUUCUACUGCGGCACGGCGGUCUCUCCAUGCUAACAUUUUGUUAUUGACGGAAGUGUGGUAAAGAGAGUGCCCUGUCCUACUCAUUAAAGCGCUUAUGAAUGAGUGACCCAGCAGGGCCACCUGCAGAAUGAAAGGACUACCUCCUCCGUGCAGAAUUUCCCUUCUCUUUUGGCUGCUCCUGUUUGGGUUUGUUUUCAAACCCAGUUCCCACCUCUUAGUGGAUGUGGUUGUAGGACCUGCAGGGCCCUUGUCACUACCCACUGCGAUCGGGAAAGUGGGGGACGACUGCCCUCCCUCCUCUUCUUCACCCUUUCAGCCCUUCCCCGCCACCUCCGUGCUCCCUCACACUUACCCCUUACACACAGCUCGGGCUCUCUAUCCCACGGCCUCUCCCUCUGGUUCACGAUCAUUACAGCUCACACCUAACUCAGAUUGUACCGCACCCAUCCUUUCAACUUACUAUUUCUCAUUUAAUUCUCGCAGCAACUGUCUUUGGCAGGUACUGACAUUUCCCCCAGUUUCCAGAUGAACGAAGCAAAGCGCAGAAAGGUUAAAUAUGUCGCCCGGUCACGUAAUAAGCGGCAAAGCCAGGGUGUGAAUCUAUGUGGUCUUACUCCUAGAGCUUCCACCGUGGAACAUGCUGACCUCUGAUUAAAACCCAGCCUCAGAAGCCGUGCGGUAGACAGACGCGGCUUGGCAUCACCGGGGAAGCCGCUGUGCAGCUCGCACGUUCUGGUGUCGGUGGCACAGAGCGGCUCACCGAGAUGUGAGCGGAUGGCUCUUGGAGGGAAGUAGGGCCUCCCCGCGCGAGCCGUGCGGAGGUUCGUUUCAGGCUAGACCAGGCUGCUCAGGCUUUAGGUGCCAUCCGUGGUGUCCUGUGUCGGCUGUCGUGAGGGGAGGGAGGACCAUGACAUGAUUCUUCCCUGUCUCUUUUCUCUCCCCAUUUCCCUGCUGACCCAGCAGUGCCAAUGGCCAGUUCUCAUGGGCUCCUCCGGUCUGCGCGUUGCGCUGCUGUCCCGGACUUUGUGCAUUUCCACUACUGUGCUGAUGGGUCACUUCUCUGUUGCCUCCUCUCCUAUAUUGAUGAUGUGUCACUGCUUUGGGUUUGGGGGGUUGUUCUCUAUCGACAUUGUUUUGUGAGAGUCAUACGAAUAUUUUUAACUGUAGCUCAUUCAGUUUCACCGCUGUAGAGUGUCCCAUUUUCUGAAUACAUCUCUAUUUUAUAUUGCUGGAAAAUUAGACUGUCUCCAACUUUUGUUGUUAGGGUCCCGAAACAGUUUUUCGGCGCCUGGAUGUGUCUCCUUAUGUACCUGUGCCAGAGAGCACACUUAGGCAUGGACUUCCUGGGUCGUAAGAUAAAACGCACCUUCAGCUUUACAGUGUGAUUACAGAUUUUUGCCCAAAGUGAUCAUACUAAUUUGUACUCCCACUAGCCAUGUCUGGAAAAGCAUAAAGUGCAUAUUUUCUCUCUCCAGUGUUUUUAAAUUAUGAAACCUCCGUUGGAAGUAUUACUUCAUUUAUUGUUGUUAAGAGUAUCAACCGAUCAUCUUAUAAAGGAACUUUGGCUACACCAAAAGACACAUAAGAGAAUUAACUUCUUGACCAUGUAAAAAUUAAUGGAGACAGGGCAGCCUUUCCUUACAUAAGAAUUCCAAAUAAUAAAUGUAGAAGGAACAAAGGAAAUAGAAAAGCAACAUUAGGGCACCAGAGUUGUGCUGCAGGCAAGGCCCACUGAUAAAUGCCAACUAAAAUUGUGGGCAAAACUAAAGGAGAAACCGUAUACUUGCAUUGCUUCAAAUAUAUCCCCCCCAAAUAUUUUCUUACUCUGUUUGCUUUUAACCUACACCCACAAAUUCUUUGAUGCUGAUCCAGGAAGUGGAGCAUAAUUUCCCUCCUUUGGGUGUGGGCUGGACUUAGUGACCCCCUUCUCAUGAAUGGGAUACAGAAAGGGAAAAAGUCACUUGACUGUGGAGAAACCUGGGAGACACCACCUUAACCACGUGAUGACAGUACCAUCAGCUCUCCUAAGUCGUGUUUCUAUCACACCCCGAUACGAUGCCUUGUAAAGGACCCUCCACGUCUGGGCUAUUCUUUCCCCAAAUCUAUAACCUCAGCGUAGUCCCGGGAAAACACCAAACACAAAUUGAAGGAUAAAUGUGCCACGGUUACAUAAAACGUUAACUUGAGGGAGCCUGGGUGAAGGGUGCGUAAGAACGCUCACUAAGUACUCUUUGCCGCUUUGUAUAAAUCUAAAGUCAUUUCAAAAUAAAAAUUUUUUAAAAAUCCAGUGAAGGAUUAGAACAAGCAUGUAUGUUCAUAUGGUUCAUGUGAAUAGGGAAAUGUCAAAAUAACUAAGUUUUAGUACUGUUGUAGAAGUAAAACUUCCUCUAUUCCAUGUAGACUCAGUACAAUUUGUGUGUUUCUGGUUUUUUUUUUUUUAAGUUGCUAAUUUAUUUGCGGUUCCUAUAGGUCUUACUGUUUUAAAGUAUUUCAUUGCUGUAUGCUGAAGAAAUAAAUGUCUCCUGAGGGUUCAUGCCUUUUUGUUUUUAAGUUUUAUUUUCAGAAUUUCUACGUGCUAAGCAUUACACUUCUAAGAUAAACAGUAGUUUUUCACCAUGAGAGACGCAAAAAGGUGGUGUUGAUUGCUUUUCUGUUAUAAAGAUUUAUGACACGCUUUCAGCAAUAAAAACUGGUAUCAGUAGAAAAACUCUAAAUCUUACAUAUUUACAGAUCUUGUUAGUUUGUCAAUUUGCUUUCAAAGCACAUGGGUCAUUCAUACCUUAGAGUUUCAUACCUGACGUUGAUAUUUGUAAAGCACAAGCCCAUAAACCCAUAUCCCUCUUCCUGCGUGUAACAAGCUGAUCCUUCCCCCUUUGUAACCGCGCGUCUCAGGAGUCGUCACCAACGGUUUGGGGGUGGGGUAUAUAAAGAACAUAAUCCGUUAAAGCCAAGUGUUCCUCAUAAUUAGUUUUUAUUCACUGCUGUGCUAUUUUAAGGGUGAGGUGUAUAUAUUUCAGCUCACUUACCCAUUCAGUGAUUCUUACAUAUAACUGAAAUGAGAAGGGUGGCUGCAGUCCGGAAAACAUGUCACCGUUUAACCUGGACUGUAGUUAUUGAGGUCCGUGCUGUUGUUCCUUUGUGCGUUCAAUUUUAUGUAACGCUAAAAUACAUAGCUCUUUAUAAAAUGUUUUACGAUUUAUUCUGAAGCGGUACCUAUAAUUGUAACCGUGUUCUUAAGGCAUUCUUCGUUCCUAAACACUUGAAAACAUGAUUGUUUUCCUUUAAAGUGUUUAACAUUUCUUUCUCGGCAUUCCUCUGCAUUCCUUUUCCUUCUCUGGUGACAUUAGGAGCAUCUCGGAGCCGUCCGUCGGCUCCCUGGCUCCUAAGAGUGGAAGCCCACGCGGCCUGCUGUGGGCAGAGAGAGGCGGUUCACGGCCGCGCCCACCCCUCUCGCCCAGUCUCUUUCCUGGCUUCCCAGUGAGCUUCCCCUCACCGCUCCUGGAAGAGGCAUCCGGCCCACAGCUCUUGCCUUUCCACAUUGUUCUGUCUGCCUCCAGGCUCCUGCACACCACUCGUCCAGGGGGCACGCCUUGGCUCCUGGUGUGGACCUACCGCAGACCGCCGCCCCCGGGCCUGCGUGCACCGGCUGAGGACGCACUGUUGUGUCUUCCACACCGCUUACGAAUCCGCCCCUCCGUCACAGAAUUUCUUCCUUAAGAAUUUAUCUGGCUAGCUGUUUGUCUCUCUUCAUUGACACUCUGCGAAAGUGGGCAUUUGAGUGUGCAGGAUCAACAGUGCAGGCCAACUUAAAUAUAAAAUCAUUCACAUGUUUUUCCACCUCCUUUUCCAUCACCUCUCUCCCCCGCCCACAGCUUCACCUGCAAACCUUAGAGAGGGCAUGCCUGCCUGAGGGUUGACACGCAGUACAGAGACCUCUCCCCAAAUUAUUCAUUGUUCUCACUUUAUUAUGUAGUUGUAACCUCACAGGUGGUCUGUCAUUUCUAUUAAUAAGUGCAUUCUUUUUAAUUUUUUUAACGUUUUUAUUUAUUUUUGAGACAGAGAGAGACAGAGCAUGAACGGGGGAGGGUCAGAGAGAGAGGGAGACACAGAAUCUGAAACAGGCUCCAGGCUCUGAGCGGUCAGCACAGAGCCUGAUGCGGGGCUCGAAGUCACGGACCGCGAGAUCAUGACCUGAGCCGAAGUCGGACGCUCAACCGACCGAGCCACCCAGGCGCCCCCAAUAAGUGCAUUCUUUAAGAUGCCGUUGCUCUUAGAAUAAUAAUGGACCAGCAACUGUUCACACAUGAGUCUUUUUUAAUGUUUUCAGCACUGGUUUGGGCUUCGACUCGAGGUUAGGAAGGGUCUGGAGGCUCUUGGCUAUGUUGGACAAUGAAAUCAGUUAAGAAACAUUUGGGUAGGAAGAAUAGAUUGGAGCUAGUAAGAUGCUAUAGUUUCGUCAUAUAAGAAAAUAUACACAAUGUCUCUGGUACAUAGAAGGUGCUGAAUCAAUGGUAGUAAGAGUUGUUGCUAAAAAAUCAUCAUUAUUAUGUUCAUUAUCAUUAUCACUUGUGAGCACAGUCCUAGGAGUGUAACCAAGCAGGGUAAUGUUAUUUCCAAGUGAAAGUUAAUCCCAAAUUCCAUACGAUGUGUAAAAAAAAAAAAAAAAAAAAAAAAACUGUAAGUAAAUUUUCUUACCAAAUAAUUUUUAAGUUCAGGACUGCCCAUACUGUUGUAAAGGGUCUGUUUGUUGUUCUUCCUACCCUACAUGACAUCUUGAGACUGUUGUUAAUAGUGGAAGAACAGAGAAUCUCCCUGGGCAGAGUUCAAAAACUGAGAAUAAUUUAGGAUCCCCCUGAGGCUCGUGCAAUGGAAAAAAAUUCCCUUACAUGAUGCAUAUUUCAUACUUAUAUUGUUUACCACUUCUAAAUUUAGAACACAGCACAUUUCAUAUCAGGAGUUCUAACCCAAGGACCUUUGAGGCCAGUUUCUAUUUUAGGUGCUGAUUUUUCAAAAUCAACGGAAAUACAACCAUUUUAACAAUUUUUGCUUAUGAUAGUGUGCGUGACUCUGAAUCCUGCUUCUGUAAAGUAUCGGUUUAGUUGAUUAUCCUACAAAUGUCCCUUUGAAAUGAGAGUUACCCAUAACGGAAUCUUGGCUGGAGAAAAAGAAAAAGAAAGUGGUUCUCAUUACAAUGAAUUUUGACUCAUGAAUUUUCUUUGCAUUUAUCCUUGGCUUUGGCUAAGGGUUUGUCAUUUGUGGCGCUUGUGACUAUGUUUAAAUUAACAUCAAACUUUUUUUUCCAGUUGGCCUCAUACAUCUUAAGGCUACAUGUUAUAUAUGUUGUCACAUAUAAUGAAGAGAUAAAUAUUUAUUAUUUGGACAUGUUUAAAUAGAAAGUGAUAUAUAUAACUUGGAAAGAAGAUGCUUUUAGAGCCUAAAAAUUAGUGCUUUGGAGGAUUUUUUUUUUCACGGAUUCUGUCUUACUGUGCCUUUGCAUUUUUUUAUUCGUUUAGACAGGAAGCCUAAGCUUUUAACUCAUUUGCUGUCUAGACAAACGAAAACAACAGGGACUUGGGUGGGCUGCAUGGAGAAGAAACCUACCAAUAUCAUAGAGAUUAAACAGAGUCACUGUGAGGUUUUUCCUUUGUGUAUAUAUGGCAGUCAAAUUAUUGACUCAAUUCUAAUAUCAGUUUCAAGGUGUGUUUGUAUCACAUGUCCAAAAUGAUACUUCUAAAAUAAGGUUGGAAGGUACGAAGCGAUUUUACAGUGUGCGAAGUAUCAGUUUCUAAAGAGCUAAGCAUCUGAUGAGGCUGGGGGUGGUUAGCCUCAGGGAUGUUAAUUGGAAACAGAGGGCUGAGAAUUCAUUGCUAAAUCUUAAUAGCGAAGUCAGUAGUUUUCACUAGAGCAUUUAUGGUAAAUAUUUAGAAAGAUUUGCAUGUGCUGGCUUACUCUAUAUGGUCUUUGCAGCUGUAUUUUACCAUAGAGCAUAUAAAUUCAGCGACAGUCACCAGUGACCAGUCAAACCCUUCCUCUCUUUAGCACCACACUUGGCACAAGGAGUCACUGCUCUUAAGAAAGUUAGGGUCCAGUUAGAGAAAAAAAAAAUGCGUGUCUGAAUUUUAUACUUAAAAUUCUAAAAAGGAGAAGAGACACUAUUCCUGCUUUUGAAGAUAAUGGAGAGACUUUUUAAAAAGACCAUUGAACUGGCAUUUUAACCUGUGCGUCAAACCCAUGGGAAGUCACAGUGAGAAAUCAUUAACUGUAUCCUAUUAAAAUCCUUAAACAAGAGACCUGAACUAGUCUCAUUGAUUGAAAUAUCUUCUCUGUUUCUAAUUCAGUGUUUAUCCUCGUGCUCUCUUGGGGCACUUCUGAGCAAGAGAAGACCAAAUGUGUGUCUGUUCUGCAGUUCUCUAUCAGAGACUGAUCUAAUACUAUCAACUAAUUGUAUUGAGGGCCACAGCUUAGAGUAUGUUGGAGUCGAUUUGCUUUUGUAAAAACCCACUUAUUUAAUUAAACAAGGGAGUAAGAUUUUCUAACUUAUUCCCAGGUCUUGGAAGAGACGGUAAGAUGUCCCCAGCAUUACCUGAAUUUAUCCUUUAGGAAGCUAACUUACUAGAUACAUUGAAUACCAUCAAAACCAAAGAUGCCUCUGGAUGUAGUAAGUCAUAAUAAAUGAAAAAUAUUUUUAGGGAGCUGGGGGUGGGGAACAUGUCGGACUCCGAGCUCGGCAGGAAGUGGGACCAGUGCAUGGCGGAUGCGGUCGUGAAGAUAGGUGUCGGUUUUGGAUUAAGACUGGUUUUCUCACCUACCUUCUUUAAAAGAAGAAUGUGGCCAUUAGUCUUUGGUUCUGGCAUGGGAUUGGGAAUGGCCGACUCCAACUGUCAGCAUGAUUUCCAGGCUCCGUAUCUUCUACACGGAAAAUAUGUCCGAGAGCAGGAGCAGUGACUUCCACCUGAGAACACCCCAGUGGGAGGAAAAGAGAAAUCAUGUCUAUUCCUCAGGAAUACUGAAGUGCCCUGGAGUCAGCUGACAGUCUUCUGUAGCAAUGUCAUCAGUAAUGCUUUCAACUCCAGCACACUGUUUAUGUAUUUGAAACCAAGUCUGUUUCUUGUUUUGCAUUUUCUCUCUGGAAAUUGCAAGGAGGUGGUCUUAAAAGAAGUAAAUUAAAAGUAGGCA